CCAUAUGGACGAACUGUACGGUCUUCCAAAACCCACUAUAAAUAAACACAGACACCCCACUACCAUCGCCACCAAGCAAACACAACUUUCUUCAUUCACAAGAGAGAGAUUUUCAGUUUCAGUUUUCAUUUUCUGAGAAAAGAAAGAGCUUUAAAAAAAAAAAACAAAACAAAAAUGUCUGAGAAAGCAGGGCACGAUGCAGAAACACACCCUUUCCACGCCGAUGAAGAGCGCAAGCGCCAGAAGAGGAUCAAGAUGUACAAAUACAUCGGUAUUUUCAUAGUGUUUCAAAUCGUAGUGGUGACCGUUUUCGCACUCACGGUCAUGAAAGUCAAGACCCCGAAAAUCCGACUAGGCAACAUCUACGUCCAGUCACUCACAGCCAACGCCGCAACCCCCUCAUUCGACAUGAACUUCGCAACCCAAAUCCGGGUCAGGAACCCCAACUGGGGACCUUACAAGUUCGAGGCCGGCGUAGUCACGUUCAUGUACCAAGGUGUCCCCGUUGGACAAGUUUACAUCCCCGAGGGCAAAGCUGGGAUGAGGUCGACCAAGAAAAUUGAUGUGAUGGUGAGUGUGAGCUCGGCCUCGUUGCCCGGGAACACAAUGCUCGGGACUGAGCUGAACAAUGGGCUAUUGAUGCUGACCAGCACGGCCACGGUGACCGGGAAAGUAGAGUUGAUGUUGAUCAUGAAGAAGAGGAAGUCUGCGGACAUGUUGUGCUCUAUGGUGUUUAGUGUGGCCACAAACACUGUCCAGAAUUUGGAGUGCGAGUGAAAAUUAAACAGAGCACGCCUCUGAUCCGCCUCCAAUUUUUAGUUACUUUUAGAUUGUCAAUUUUUUUCUUUUUUUCUUUUUGGUAGUCUUGUAUUUCUUAUUUACGAAUUCUGUCGGCUGAUAUAUAUUAUAUAUACACAUUAUAGUUUGAACCCCAAUUUCUGCCUUCUUUUAAUUGUUCUUUUCAUUUUCUGAUAUUCAAACGUGAAAAUUACAUGGCUACUGAAAAGUCUGCUUGGGACUGGGAAAAUUUUGGGGUAUGAAGUAUGAACUGUUCUUUUCUUUCAGUUGUGAAUGGUAUUGGCUUUUCAGAUUUUUUUUUUUUUAUGAUUGUUGCAUAAGUCAGAUAAAACUGGCCCAAUAUGUGGAAUCAUAUAUCAUGAAUUCAUGAUGACUUAAUGUUUCGGGUCAAAUCAAAACCUUGUAGUUCUUUUCUUUAAUAAUGAAAGUGAUGGCAGUUUUAUAAUGAAAUAAUGUUGAAGAUAAUGCAGAAUAUAUGAAUGGCUAUAGGAACUGAUGAGGAUACUUGAACAACCACCCGGUAAAAGUCCCACUUAGGACACAGAGGGCAUAUUUUGUAGACUAAUAAGCUUCGUCUACCUGGUCUCAGAAACUGAAUUUUGGUUCACUGUGAAAAUUAUUUCCUACCAAUUAUGUUAAUUCUAAACCACUGUUAAAUGGUAAAACAAAUUAAUGAAGAAUUCCCUUGAUCAGUUUGGAAUAGUAAGGAAGAGUAUGAAACUUAUAAGUUACAAUUUACAAAGUACUAAUCGAAAUUUUGCUUGAGCUGAUUUGGUUUAUAGUUCUUUUGAUCACCACUUUCUUCUCUAGAAGCAUGCACAAUAUCUAAUUAUUGUUUAAGGAAAAGAGAAUAGUUGUGUCUUUCAUUGAUAAUUUUUUUUUUUUUUUUUUUUUGAAUAAAUGUCAGAGCUUUCAUUGAUCAUGGAUUAAGCAAUAUGGGCAACGUCAUAUUGCAGUACAUCAAGGAUAACACUAGGAGGUCGCUGAUGCCAAACCUCAUUACAGAUAGUUGAAUCAAAAGCAUAAGCAGCAAGCCUGUGUGCCACGUUGUUUCUAGUUCGCAACACAUGCUGAAUACGUGCCUGCGGCAUACUACGCAAAAGAACCAAGAUAUCAUCGACCAAAGCUCCUAGGUCAUCUAAGUCAUGGUCUUUGUUAAGAAUUAGCUGCACUGCAUCAAGGCAGUCACUCUCAAUGGUGACACGUUGCAGCUCAAGUUCCUUAACCAAGUCCAAACCGCGUCUGAUAGCUAGCAGCUCUGCCUGCUUUGCAGAAACCGUAUGCUGCUCCAUAUGUGCAAAAGCAGCCAAGAACUGUCCCUGGGAGUUUCAGAGUACUCCUCCCACUCCACACUUUGGCAAUUGAGGCACAAAAGCACCAUCAACGUUUAACUUCACUCAGGUACUUACUUCUGGUUGCCAGUAAGGGUCUUUCAUUGAUAAUAGGAACCCAUAUAUAUAAGAAAUACAAGUACAUAAUCUUUUAAUACAAGGAAUCCUAUUCUGAACAGAAUUAGAAAUUUAGAACAUUCUCUCCUAUUACAACUAUAGAAAGUAAUCAUAGUUUGGUAAGGCACACAUAAUUCUGAUAUCCUUCAACAAUUAUCAUAUUAGAUCAUGGACAGAGCAGGAAACAAAAAAUAUCUACGAGUAUAAUUAAUUAUUUGAAAAAGACAUAUGGUACUUCAAUUAGAAAAAGACAUAUGGUACUUCAAUCCAAAACACUUCCUAUCAGAUACUGAUUGAUUUGUAUUGAGGUACCAUUAGUCUAAACUCAUUAGUAAACAGUUCAAAGAGUAAAAGGACAUGUGCAAUAACUUUAAGUGGUCAUGGUCAUAAAUCCAAAAAAAUCUAAGAUUAGUGGAAUUUGAUCUUCUUCGGAGUUCCGAGAGUAACCAAUAGAUCCCCAAAGCAACUCAGUUUGAGGGAUAAUUCCUUUGAGCUUGCAUAUCAGAAUUGCACCAAACAGACUUACCUUCAUUUUGAACACAUAACCCGGAGCAGAGCAUUAGCUUCUUUUUUUCUUCUUUUUCUCUCUUUUCCUUUUUUCCCUACAGAAAAAAAAAAGUAUUAGCUUGAUAGUUGACUAAUUAAGCUCCUUUAUAUAUUGGUUAUACUUUUUGUUUGAUUGAUGAAGUCCUAAGCAACCUUCAAGUCUUCGUGUACCAUAAUCUUGCUUCUAAUGAGGGACAACAGAACUAAACUACGCAGUCAAAUUAAAAACCAAGAAUCUGGCAAAUACUAUUCGCAUGGUUCAUAAUCUCGACUAUUAUAAAAGAUCCCAACACCAUGUUCUAACUUUUGAUUGGGAGAUUUGGUCUAUGCCAACGGAUAGAACCGAACCUUCUUCUGAUAUUUUAAUAUCUUUAUAUGAAUCAACUCAUUGGGCCAAAAAGACCUAAAAGUCCUCACACAAAGUCAUAGAUAUUCUAGAAGUCAACAAUUCUCACCUUCGGACGCGUUUGGCGUCCGAAUAAAAUUCCUCCCCACCAUGUCCAAAUCACAUUUUCCAGGAACUUCAUUCACCCACAUAACUUAUUAAAAUUCGCCAAACCCCAAAUACACUAUAUAUACCACACUAGUGUACCCUUCCAUUCCAUCAUAUUCCUCUACAUUUUAAGAGAAAACAAAAGGCAGAGCAAAACAGAGGAUACUUCCAUUUCUUCAUUUUUUUUCAUUUCAUUUCAUAUCAGAAAGAAAGAGAGAGAUGGCUGACAAGAACCAACAAGUUUAUCCUUUGGCUCCGGCUAACGGGUACGUAAGAAGUGAUGGAGAGUCUUUGUCCGAAGAUGAGCUCAAGCGCAAGAAGAGAAUCAAGUGCUUUGCUUAUAUUGGUAUUUUCAUUGUGUUCCAGAUCGCAGUAAUGACCGUGUUUGGUCUCACUGUGAUGAAAGUCAAGACCCCCAAGGUUAGACUCGGCACAAUCACCAUCACAGACUUCACCUCUUCCAAUACAGCGCCUUCAUUCAACACAACCUUCAACACCCAAAUCAGGGUCAAGAACACCAACUGGGGUCCUUACAAGUUCGACCAAGGCACCGUGACAUUCAUGUACCAAAAUACAGCUAUUGGGACAGUCAAUGUACCCAAGGGCAAGGCCGGGAUGCGUGGCACCAAGAAGAUCAACGUGAAUGUGAGCUUGAACACCGAAGCAUUGACGACCGCCUCUACCCUCGUCAGUGAAUUGAACGGCGGAGUUUUGACACUGAAUAGCGAAGCAACAUUAACCGGAAAGGUUGAGUUGAUGUUGAUCAUGAAGAAGAAGAAGUCUGCGACUAUGAGCUGCACCAUAAAAAUUGAUGUGUCCGGGAAGAAAGUCAAUAGUUUAGAAUGCAAGUGAAAACAGUGUCUUAGAUUGUUUUCAUUGCCCCUUGUUUUAUAUUUCUACGAUUUUUUUUUGUUGUUCUUUAUUUAUGUGAUCAACCUGCGUGAGUAUCCAUAUACUUACCAAAACACAAUUUUUUGCAGUUGUGUUUUUUUGUUAUAUACAGAUUGGUAGUGCUAUUGUUUCAAAUUUGAACUUA